AGUCAGAGCGGAAGUUUGUGAGACGCCACCGUGCUAACAGCUAACACCGGGGCAUAGUUACCUGCCAACAGGAGCACACACACACCUGCAGCUCCGCGCGGAUCGACGCUCACACGCACACACCGUCCCUCAUGUUGCUGCGCCCCUGAAGUAGCUUCUUGAAGCUGCCCGUGCACGCGGACAUCUCCAUGGCGACAGAGGAGCUCUACGAGGUGGAGCGGAUUGUGGACCGGCGCAGGAACAGGAAAGGUCGGGUCGAGUACCUGGUUAGGUGGCGAGGGUACGGCUCUGAGGGCGACACCUGGGAACCCGAGAGUCACCUGUCCACCUGCAUGGCGUAUGUCCACCAGUUCAACCGCCAGCACGCCGAGCGCCACAGAGACGGCGCCUUGCUACGCUCCACACGCAGCACGCCUAACCUUCACUGGGGCCCCGUCCACAAAGCGCCCUGCAAGCCACAUGCCUCUCGCGGCGACGUCGAUGCGGACAUCAGAAGCGGUUCGGGCGACCGUAACCAGGCAAGGUCUUCUCCGAGCCCAGCUCAGUUGCUCCCUGCCAACCUGCCUCGCCCCCUACAGCAGCCGCUGCCGGCUGACAGCUUUGGGUUGAUGUCGGCGUCUCCGGCCGGCCCCGCCCGCCGCAGCGUGGACUUGUCAAAAACAGGCAUCAAGAUCCUGGUCCCAAAGAGCCCGAUGAACGGCCGUCCAGACGCCGAGGAGUCACCCAGCGAGGCGGCACACAGCCUGGAGGCAGGCGAGGCUCAGCUGGUCCCGCCAGAGGUCGCUCUGCUGGAGAAACCGCCGUCAGGGGUCCAGCUGGGGCCUGGAGAGGAGCGAGCGCGCAUGGGGACCCGACCCCGCAGUCAGAACCCACCGCUGCCACCACGAGCCCCCAUCACGCCAGCCGCCAUGCGCUCGCUCAGUGGCAGAGGAAAUUCGCCACUGAUCGAGGGCGUCGCCGUUGGUGGGAUGUCGGGUCUGCAGAAUGCUGUUGCCGGGGCAACCACCGUGACAGGGAAGCGGCGUCUGGAGGAGCGCUCGGCGUUCGACAAACGGCUUCGCUUCAGCGUGCGUCAGACGGAGAGCGCGUACCGUUACCGUGACAUCGUGGUGAAGAAACAAGAUGGCUUCACCCACAUCUUGCUGUCCACCAAAAGCUCUGAGAACAACACGCUCAACCCGGAGGUGAUGAAGGAGAUCCAGAGCGCCAUGGCAACAGCCGCGUCGGACGACAGUAAGCUGGUGCUGCUCGGCGCCGUUGGCAGCGUUUUUUGCUGCGGGCUGGACUUCCUGUACUUCAUCAGACGCCUGACGGACGACAGGAAGAAGGAGAGCAUCAAGAUGGCCGAAACCAUCAGGACCUUCAUCAACACCUUCAUCCAGUUCAGGAAACCCAUCGUGGCGGCAGUGAACGGGCCAGCCGUUGGCCUCGGCGCUGCCAUUCUGCCGCUGUGUGAUGUGGUGUGGGCCAAUGAGAAGGCGUGGUUCCAAACACCGUACACGGCGUACGGCCAGACGCCCGACGCCUGCUCCUCCUUCUCCUUCCCUCGCAUCAUGGGGCUCGCUGCGGCAAACGAGCUGCUGCUCAGUGGUAGGAAGCUGACAGCUCAGGAGGCGUGUCUUAAAGGGCUGGUAUCUCAGGUGCUGUGGCCGGGGACCUUCACACAGGAAGUGAUGCUGCGGAUCAAAGAGCUGGUCGCCGUUGACUCACUAGUCCUGCGGGAGUCCAAGGCCCUAAUGAGGAACACGAGUCGCAGUGCUCUGGAGCAAGCUAACGAGCGCGAGUGUGAAGCCCUGAAGAGGGUCUGGGGCUCCUCACAGGGAACCGACGCCAUCUUGCAGUACCUGCAGAGGAGGACCGAGCUCUGCUAGGACCACAACUGGUACUGUGACCAGGACUCGGAGCGCUGACUGAAGCGUGGCGGAUUCUGCGAAAGACGCCAACAUGUCCGACCGAGGACGGCGCCUCCUCUGCUCUCUGUAAACUAGCGGGUUAGCUGGCUUGGAUCCAACUCCGCUGACGGUCAUCCUGUCAUGGAUCUCUAUGCUCCUCCCACUGUACUGCGUGUUAAAUGCUCUGUUUACCUCCUGUUUCUAAGCUCCGCCUCCUCGUGACAUCAUGCCAUCUGACUGGACAGAAAGAUAAUAAACAUGGCAAUCAGACUGAGGGCUAUAGUUCGUGCAUAAUUACCCCCAACUUACCCCCAUGCCAGCUGUCAGCUCAUGACGAAGGAUUGGUUUUGUUUAUUAUGGUGCUAACAGAUGUUAGCAGGCACUAAAAGAAGGUAAAAGAUGCAAAUGGAAGGUAACAGGAGCACAUGGAUGCUAAAAAGUCCUAACAGGAGCUAACGUAGUCUAAUAAAAGCUAAUAGAUGCUAACAGAAGCUAGCAGCAUUAUCUACAGAGCAUGAUAAUGAUCAGACAUACAGUUUAUUUUCCAGUUAGCAGGAAUCUGGCAAGGAGAAAGUGACGCGUUUAUUUGGAUUCAGUUGGCUCCUUGUGGAAGCCGGCCUGUGACGGGUGGGGUUACCCAGUGAUGGGGAGAGCAUGGAGACAAACUGAGCGUUUUAGGAAAUACGUUUUUUAAACGUUUCAGUUCAAACUUAAACUUAGCCUGACAGACCAAACUGAGGACUCUCCACUCGCAGGAGCCUGACUGUCUUCCUCAAGGCUCAACUUGGCUAACAGGUUCCCUGCUUCUAGCCUGUAUGCUAAUUAAAGCUAAGCUAACAGAUUUCCUGCGGCCAGCUUUCAUGCUAAGCUAAGCUAGGCUAACAGACUGAUGGGACCUAUAUGUGGGACUGUCUCCUUACCUGAGGUUGUGUUUACCUGCGGGGUCAGGGUUAACCCUAAAUAAAGUGUUUCUGUCCCUGACUUUGACCCUGGGGUCAAGAUGUUGUGUUGCAGCGCUCUUCUAGACUGUUUAGCCUGUAGGGGGCGCAUACAGGUGCUACAGCGAUGAAUUGUGGGUAAACGGUGACCUCUGGCCGGUGGGCUGACUGUCUCAGGGUCUUCGUGUUUCUUUGCCAGAAUAAACUCAGAAUGUGUCACAUGA